GUGACACAGGUAGGAAAUGCAAAUGAGAUCAGUUAGAGCUGCUCUUCUGUACUCCACUGUAUCGCUCACCCUCAAUCUUCAAAACCAUUCGCAUUCAAGAACCGAAACAAAGACAUUUCCUCAUGACUUGAGCUGUGAAGACUCGACCCCAAAUCAUGACAAUGAGCUUCUUUGGGAAACUGAAGAACCUACACAGUGGACCUCCAGCUCCACCCAGAAGGACAGAUGACAAUGCAGGAUGGCCACAGGAUGAGUUUGAUGACGAGGAAGGUGACAUGUAUGAAGCGCCUCCCUGUGAGCGUCCGGCUGUGAAAGUCCCACAGAGACAAGUGGAGGAGAACGUUUACCUGGAGAGGACGUCCAGUCCUGCUGUUCCUCAGAGGAAGGCGCCUCCACCCAGACCAGUCAAAGCCUUGAAACCUCAACAACGUCCUGAAGAUUCCCACUAUGAUCACAACGCCAAGAAGCCACCUGAGAUAGACAGAACCGAGAAGCCUGGGAGAAAGAUGAUGAUGCGCCCUGCUCCUGCUCCUGCUCCACUCCCCGUGUCCAACACUGAGGAAGAUGUGUAUCUGGAUCCAAAUGAAGAACAGGAAGACAAUGAUGACCUGUAUUUGGAACCUACAGCUGCCUGCCCUCCUCCCCAUCGUGAGCCGAGGAGAGUGACUCCAUCUCCCAUGCCGGCCUUUGUACCUCCUCCCACCCAUGGGGUGAAGCCUCCGGUUCCCAGAGCUAAGUCUGAAAUUAAGCUCCCUCCCUUUCCGGGUUCACUCUUGUCUCCUUUGAAUGAUGCAAAACCAGCUCCUUUGGUUGAAGCAAGACGUGCCACAUUUCCUGGCAUCGUCUAUCCACCACCACCUACCAGUGUUAAGCCCCAUCCGCCACUCAAACCCGGCCCCCCAAAUCCUCCUAUGGCAGACACUAAGCCUGUGGCCUCCUCUGUUGGUUUGAGGGCGACCAAACAAUCCGGGAAUGAGGACAAAGAAUGGUUCGCUGGAGACUGCAGCAGAAAGGCGGCUGAGGAUCUCUUAAUGAGGGUCAACAAGGACGGCGCCUUCCUCGUCCGACACAGCUCAGCCCAGAGUGCCCGGCAGCCGUACACCCUCGCCGUGCUCUACCAGCAGAAGGUCUACAACGUUCCCGUUCGUUUCCUGGAGGAGACGCGAGGCUACGCCCUCGGAAAAGAGGGCAAGAAGAACGAGGAGAUUUUCGGCACCCUCGACGAGAUGAUUUCCCACCACAAGAGUAACCAGCUCCUUCUGAUCGACAGCAAGAGCCAGGCCAAGCACACAGCAUAUUUAACCCACCCUGCACGCCCUUAAAACUACACUACCAAAACGAGACCGCUAUGAGCUUCAAGAGGAUAAAAGCACAGUUAAUACUAAUAAAAAGAUACUAUAGGUCUACUGUGUGUCCCCUCUGUGGAAUUUCUGCUCUGUGACAUAAUUUACACAGUCAAAUUUCUGUUAUUUUUUAUGCUGUAUAUUGAAUGAAAUAGACAAUGUUAAGUUCUGAUGCACGGAAAACUCACAAGAUUAUGUGAAUGUAUCAAACAGUUGCUCCAGGGUACUCUGCUGCCAUGUGACAUGAGAGACGCUUUAACCCCCAAAACUUAAAGCUGAGCAGAGAUCGUAAAGUUCUGACCAAGCGAUUUUCCUGUUUUGUGCCGUGUCUUCGUUUCAGCAAUACUUGCACAAGGUUAAACUCAUGCAAAUGUGCCAGUGUGUUACUGUAACAGUCAUUCGGUCCGGAUGUUUCUGCCUUUGCACCACUUUCUUUCACAGACUUAUAAACACACAAACUGUAUAUUUCUGCCGUCGUAACACACGGAGCUGCAUCACAAGCCAGCAAAUCUACAGCCGUUUGUUCAGCCAUGCCUCCAUGAAUCAGUUUGUUUGAGUCACAAGCACAGAUUUGGUGUGUGUGAUUUCCCGAGUAGUUUAGUUUAAUGACUUUGAUUUCAAUUAUAUUCUUUGUUACACGUGUGUUUACAGUGUGAUUUUUUUGUAGAUAUUGUGCAAUAGAGACCCAAAGUCAAAUACAUCUGCUGCACAUUG